AUGAGGCACCGUUGCAUUUUCUAAUUCAUCAACAACACUCGCUUUUUCUUCUUCUUUUCUUUCUUUCUUUCUUUUGCGCUCUUCUUUUUCUUCCUAGCCACGUUUCAGUCCACUCCCACUAUACAGUAUUUAUACCGUAUCUCUACGGUCUUCUACACCGGCCAAUGGCGGAUGCUGAUCUCACCGCCCCGCUACUCUCCCCCGAUCACAUCGUACUAACCGUCCACUCCUCCGCCGCUCCCUCCGCCGAUGGCAACCCCUACCGCGCGCUCGGAUGUGACGACGAGCUCCUUGUGCCGCCUCCGACAACCCUGGACCCCUUCCGCAACGGCACGCCGACGGUGGAGGGGCUGUAUGAGUGGGUGAAGACGGUGCUGUGUCUGCCGGUGGCGCUGCUGCGGCUCGCGCUGUUCGGGCUGUGCCUCGCCGUCGGGUACGUGGCGACGAAGGUGGCGCUGGAAGGGUGGAAGGACAAGGAGAAUCCCAUGCCGAAGUGGAGGUGUAGGGUUAUGUGGAUCACAAGAAUGUGCGCCCGAUGCAUUCUGUUUUCGUUUGGCUAUCAGUGGAUAAAACGGAAAGGAAAACCUGCACCCAGGGAAAUUGCUCCUAUAAUUGUAUCCAAUCAUGUAUCAUACAUUGAACCUAUCUUCUAUUUCUACGAAUUAUUUCCCACUAUUGUGGCAUCUGAGUCUCAUGACUCCAUACCUUUUGUUGGCACCAUUAUAAGAGCAAUGCAGGUCAUAUAUGUUAACAGAUUCUUACCAUCAUCAAGGAGGGAGGCUAUCAGGGAAAUAAAGAGAAGGGCCUCUUGUGAUAAAUUUCCUCGAGUUUUAUUAUUUCCUGAGGGGACGACAACCAAUGGCAGGAACCUUAUCUCCUUCCAACUUGGUGCAUUUAUCCCAGGAUACCCAAUCCAGCCUGUAAUUGUACGCUAUCCUCAUGUGCACUUUGACCAAUCCUGGGGUAAUGUUUCUUUGGGGAAGCUUAUGAUCAGGAUGUUCACUCAAUUUCACAAUUUCUUUGAGAUAGAAUAUCUUCCAGUUGUUUAUCCCUUGGAUGAUAAGGAAACUGCAGUUCAUUUUCGGGAGAGGACUAGCCGUGCUCUUGCAACUGCAAUGAAUGCUGUCCAGACAGGACAUUCUUAUGGAGACACAAUGCUUUAUUUGAAAGCACAAGAAGCAAAACAGGAGAACCCCUCAAGUUAUAUGGUUGAAGUAACUAAGUUUGAAGCAUCAUUUCAUGUCAGCAGCAUGGAAGUGGUGGACUUUCUGGAUAAAUUCUUGGCCAUGAAUCCUGAUCCCAGUGGUCGUGCCCAAUAUCAUGACUUCUUGAGGGUUUUAAGACUUAAGGCUUGCCCGCUAUCUGCAAAGAUAUUUUCAUUCAUUGAUGUGGAGAAGUGUGGGACAAUUACUUUCAGACAGUUCUUGUAUGGAUCUGCCCAUGUGAUGUCGCAACCAGGGUUCCAUCAAGCCUGUGAAGAAGCCUUUGCUGGGUGUGGUGGUGCAGUAAAGCCCUAUAUUGUAGAACAAGAGUUACGAGAUUUCAUCCAACCUGUUAUCAUCAGCUGGAAUGCGGAUGAGGUCAAUGAACUUUUUAUGUUAUUUGAUAACGAUAACGAUGGAAGAGUUGACAAAAAUGAUUUUGUUUCAUGCCUUAGAAGAAAUCCUCUUCUCAUUGCAUUUUUUACACCUCAACCAAAGCAAAAGGAAUUUGAAGGUAAUGGAGUGAUAGAGAUAGUGUGAUGAAUGAAUCUCACAUUUGAUAAGAUAGUCUGGCUUUUUAGGAUGUUGUCUUUUUUGUGGACUACAAAGAAAAGAAAUCAGUAGGGGAUUCUUGGUGAAUACAUACAGUGUAGGGUGCAGUUGCCUCAUCUUUUUUUUUUUCAAUUUUUUUACUUUGCUCUGAUUAAUUACUCAUGAAGCUUAAAUAUUAUGAAGAUCUGUGCCAUCCGUUCUCUUUUUUUUUUUUUUUUUAAUAUUUAGCUAUAGGUGAGUUUUCACAGGUAGAUGUGAGUAACCUGGGUGUUGUGAUCACACUGAUCCAACAUUUGAGUUUUAGUUCAGAUGGGUCAGUGUGGUUCAUGUAGAGUUUGAGCCAUCGUGUCAAUUUGUAACAAACAUUAUAACUGUAAUUUUCAAAGAUGUGAACAUGAUGAAAGUUGGAUUUAGAUUUGAGUCUCAA